UUUUUUUUCCCUUCUGGCUUGUGUUCCCUGAGUAUUGAUUGCCGGUCAAUUUAAUACUCUUUAAAAUUACGUAUAUCGUUAUCGUUUGCGAUCCUUAUCGCUCACUAAUAAUAGGGGAAGUCCUCAGUAAACGGACAAAAAAAAAAGAAGAAAAAAGUGCCACAGCCAGCCGUUUAGAACUGUUGUAGUUGACCCGCUUCUCCAUAUAGCUUCUCACCUUUCACUCCUUAAUAAACGACCAUGAUGGGUUCGACAUCUGAGCCGAACAGUUGUCCUCUCACGGCGCUGCGCUACAUCGCACAGUCAUACAACCAUGCCGACUCUCAAGCGUCUGCGCUGCGGUUGGUUCUGACCCUGAACCCUCACUGGGAAGGCCCGGAGAACAACAUCGAGUUCGUGCGCUUUACGGACGGCAUCACUAAUACUCUUCUCAAAAUCAUAAAUCGCAAGCCUGGCUUGACCGAAGAACAAAUAGACAACGAAGCUGUACUGAUGAGAGCGUACGGUAACCACACAGAGAUUCUUAUAGACCGCGAAAGAGAAAUGAAGUCCCACGCCCUACUUGCCAGCUAUGGCCUAGCCCCUUCACUUUUGGCUCGCUUCCAGAACGGCCUGCUCUAUAGGUUCAUUCGUGGACGCCCUGCCACUCAUGAAGAUCUAGUGACAGCUUCCAUUUGGCGUGGCGUUGCUAGAAGGCUUGGACAAUGGCAUGCAGUCCUUCCCAUCCGCGGAGCUGCUGCUCCUGCCCAGUCUGAAGUGGAGAUUGUUUUUCAGAACUCAGUAGAUGUCCAUCCGUCCAAGCAUAACAUUGACUUCCCUCUGAUCAAGCCAAAACAAUCGGGACCCAGCAUGUGGGCUGUUCUCCAGAAAUGGAUCCUUGCUUUGCCUUCUGCUACGGAUGAGCAGCGUAGGCGCAGACUCGGCCUUCAGAAAGAGCUUGAAUGGGCUGUCAAUGAACUGGACGACGGCAAGGGUAUCGGUGAAGACGGGUUGGUGUUUGCCCACUGCGACCUUCUCUGCGCGAAUGUCAUAGCUGUCCCAUCCGCAGAGGCUCCUGUCACAUCCGCGGGUAAGCCCACAGCGACUGUGCAGUUUAUCGACUAUGAAUACGCUACUCCAUCCCCAGCCGCUUUCGACAUCGCCAACCAUUUUGCUGAAUGGGGUGGCUACGACUGUAACUAUAACAUGAUGCCCACAUGUGCCGUUCGGCGUCAGUUCUUGACCGAGUAUGUCAGGAGCUAUACCCGGCACAAAGGUCUCCCAGAGUCGUCUCAGAAGGAGGUCAUCGAUCGACUCUAUGAGGACGUCGAUCGCUUCCGCGGCAUUCCCGGGUUAUACUGGGGUAUUUGGGCCCUCAUCCAAGCCCAGAUCUCGCAAAUCGACUUUGAUUACGCUUCUUACGCCGAAACCCGCCUCGGUGAAUACUACGCCUGGCGUCGAGAGCUCGACGGCAGCCGCGCCAAAGCCGGCGAAGAAAUGCCCCUCCGCGAGCGUCGAUGGGCUCAAGAAGUUUGAACCAACCUCUUCAUCCACCAGCACAAUACAACCUCACAUCUCACAUCACCAGCGUAUAUAGAUUUCACCUUCUUGACGACGAACGUGCUUAUAUGAAUCGGGAAACUUUCCUGUUGUCAUGUGAUCGGGGUUUCAACAUUAUUCCCUCGAGCACGGCAGCAGCGACAAAAGGACGCAAGUAAAACCAGGACAGUGAUGCAUUUCAGGGAAUAAAGCAGUGUAUACCAAAGGAUGGCAUGGAAAGGGCUUUGUCUUCAACGACUGUACUGGUGUUCUUGGGACUUUCAUAGGCGUGUUAGUGGGUUAUCUUUUUCUCAGUUUUCCUUUACUUCUCCUUCCCUUUCUUGAAGUAUGGGUUUAAUCAUGUUUGUGUUCGUGCCUAUGGACAGAAAUUAAGUGUUGUAAUUUUCUGGGUUUUCA